AUGACGAUGGAGUUCAAGGAAAGAACACUUAAUUAUUUGCCAACAACUACUAAUGCGGGACCAAAUAUUAAGACUCCAUUUGGAAUUGAGGAUAUUUUAUAUAUCAGUGAUAAACGGUUACAAAAUGUGAAUAAAAAUCAUUUAAGUAAUGAGAAAAACUGUUCAAAAAAAUCUAUAAUGAACGAUGAAACUGAAGAAUUUAAAAAAAUUUUAUCUAGUGAGAGAACACAGAAAACAUUUGAAAACAAGCAACCACAUUACAACAAUAAUCAAUAUUUACCAUCGGUGAGUCUUUCAUCAAACCCUUCAAGUAGCUCGGGUGCUCCAAUGAUGUACGCUAGUAGUCCAUAUACUGAUCCGAAUUAUCUUCAAAUGGCAAUCGGUGCUUACCUUACACCAUCUGCAUCAGGCUAUAAAUGUGUCGAUCCGUACUUUUUGUCCCAAGCAGGAAUAUUUUCUGGAUUUUCCAGUAAUGGUUGUCAUGUGCCAGAAAUUCUUGGAAUUGGAAUAGGAAUGAGUGCUUUACGGCACUGUCGAAGAAGAAAAGCCAGAACAGUUUUCAGUGAUCCGCAACUAACUGGACUUGAAAAGCGUUUUGAAGCCCAGAGAUAUCUGUCAACACCCGAACGAGUUGAACUUGCUUCAGCGUUAGGUUUAUCGGAGACACAAGUAAAGACAUGGUUUCAAAAUCGUAGAAUGAAGCAUAAGAAGCAACUUCGAAGGAAAGAUGUAAUGAACACAAAUAAUAGCAAUUUGAAAGAUAUAGAUGGAGGAUCCAACGCAAGCGCUCAACGUAUAAACCAGACGCCAUUAGAAAAAUCGUCAUUUACUGCUUACAAGCCCAGCACAAAUGGAACUUCAGUCAACUCGAAUUGUAUUGUUCAGACUUAUCCCGUUAACUCGAAUUUAAUGAAAAACUCCUGCAGUGGCAGUGAGAGGGAUUCUAUGAGUGAAAGGUCCGAGGAUGAAAGCGACGUAGAUAUUGUUGGUGAUGGAACGCUUUGUUGA